CCACCACCACCACCUGCGCCCCCCCCAUCUCCCCACCUCCACCUCCGCCGCUGUCUCCCCCCCUCGCCGGCAAUGCCUCCCGAUCACGGCGGCGACGCCGAUCUCGCGGCGGACGAGCUGCAGAGCCUCAGCUUCGGCUCCUCCGAGCGUUCCCGCUCCGGCUCCACCGUCUCCACCGCCACCACCGUCUCCACCACCACCUCCGGCCCACCUCCUCCUCCACCUCCCCCUCCUCCUCGCGCCGCCGCCGCACCCCGCCUCGGCGCGGUCUCUCUCUCCGACAUACGGUUUGUCCGGAGGCUCGGUUCCGGGGACAUCGGGAGCGUCUACCUGGCGGAGGUGAAGGGCGCCCGCGGCGGUGGGGCGGCGGUGGUGGCGGCGAAGGUGAUGGACAGGAAGGAGCUGGCCGGGAGGAACAAGGAAGGGCGGGCGAGAACCGAGAGGGAGAUCCUCGAGGCCGUCGACCACCCCUUCCUCCCGCGCCUCUACGGCGUGGCCGAGGGGGAUCGCUGGUCCUGCCUCCUCACCGAGUUCUGCCCCGGCGGCGACCUCCACGUCCUCCGCCAGCGGCAGCCGCACCGCCGCUUCACCGAGUCCGCCGUCAGGUUCUACGCGGCGGAGGUGGUGGCGGCGCUGGAGUACAUCCACAUGAUGGACAUCGUGUACCGUGACCUGAAGCCGGAGAACGUGCUCGUCCGCGCCGAUGGCCACAUCAUGCUCACCGACUUCGACCUCUCGCUCAAGUGCGACCCGACGGCGCCGACGCCGGCGCACGUCAUCUCGGACCCCAUCGCCCUCGCCGGCAGCCACUACUCGGCGUCGUCGUCGUGCAUCAUCCCGUCCUGCAUUGUCCCCGCCGUGUCGUGCUUCCAGCUCUUCCCCGGACGCGGGCGACGCCGGCGCCAUCGCCGCAAGAAGAAGACAGCGAGUGGUGGCGGCGGCGGCAUCAGCGGCAGCAGCUUCCCGGCCGGUGGGCUGGAGCUGGAGUUCGUGGCGGAGCCGGUGGAGCUCCGGUCCAUGUCGUUCGUCGGCACGCACGAGUACCUCGCGCCGGAGAUCGUCUCCGGCGAGGGGCACGGCAGCUCCGUCGACUGGUGGACGCUGGGGGUGUUCGUGUUCGAGCUCCUCUACGGCGUGACGCCGUUCAAGGGGUACGACAACGAGAUGACCCUGGCGAACAUCGUGGCGCGCGCGCUCGAGUUCCCCAGGGACCCGCCCGUCUCCUCCGCCGCCAAGGACCUCGUCACGUCGCUCCUCGCCAAGGACCCGACGCGGCGCCUCGGCGCCACGGUCGGCGCCGCGGCCAUCAAGCGGCACCCGUUCUUCAGCGGCGUGAACUGGGCGCUGCUCCGGUGCGCCACGCCGCCGUACGUUCCCCCGCCGUUCAGCGUCGCGGCCGCCACCGCCGCCGCCGCCGCCGCCGACAUGUCGGACGAUGACAGCUGCCCCGGCACGCCCGUGGAGUACUACUAGAGACAAGCAAAGCCAAGCCAAGCCAAGGAAGCUGCCACCAUGGCUGGCACCACCAUGUCCGUGCAAAAGGAAAGCUGCUGCCGCCAUUGGCCAGCGCACGUGGUGGUGGGGAUCCCACCCAUGGACCGUGGCGCAUGGCGCGCACGAGGGCAAGCCGGCCGGCGGAGCAGGCGUCGAGUAGUUGCCGGGGGCGUGUCGAGGGCGCGCCGCGCCGCGCCAUGGCAAGCGACAAGGAGCACACACACACCCACCGUUCCAACGACUUAUUGUCAAACUCUGAAUUUUUCUCUGGCAUAUGCUGCCCGUCUCACUCACCUACAUGCUAGCAUAACAUCAGCAUUAGUCCUAUAGUAUAAUAGUACUACACUUUAACUUAACCCAUCUAGAACAGACAAUUUAGCUUUAUUAUUUCGUCCAAUGUUUCAUGCAAAGUUUAUGCAUUGUACUCUCUUGUAGCGAGUUCAGACUUCAGAGUUGUAUUUAUGGGUUUUUUUUUAACAAGUGAAAUCAACUGGACAUUCUGAUUUCUCCGAUCUUGUGAUCAUUGGAAACAA